AUGAAGUUCCUUGAUGUAUCGAUCACGGCGCUAGAGUUAGCAAAGCCUGUAACGGCCGAAAUCCCCAUCCCCGGGCUCAACACCGCCGUCGAAUGUGCCCUCAGUAUCGCGAAGAAAGCCAAAGAGAUCAAAGACACUCGAGAUGAAUGCCGAGCCCUCGCCGAACGUGCGGCAACAUCUGUGCUGGCAAUAUACCAGCAGCUCAAGAACGGCGGUGGCGGAGUGGAGGCGGAAGAGCAUGUCACGACAUUUCUGCAAAACUUGCUGGACAUCGAGAGCUUGAUGGCUCGCCGUCUGCGAGCCGGAAAGCGAGAUCGCAUCUUGCUUGUGCUCAAUUGCGGGACGAUCUCCAAGGAGGUCAAGACGCUCACCACAAAGCUCGAAGACUCCCAUCGCAAUUUCAUGAUUCAGGCUGCGCUCUCCAUCCAGGACACGCUGGCAAGCGGGAACCUCCGUAUGCUACAGUACAUCGACGACUCAGCACGCGUCGGAGGGAUUGUCGUUCGAGACACCAGAGAGAUCCGCGAUGGCAUCACGCACCUCACGCAGCACGUCAGUGGGAGCGCCACGUUCGAUGGAAAUUUCCGGCUCUUUGCUCAUGAGAAUCUGGCCUACUUAGAGCCCAUCGUCGACUCGGGAAAGCUGCAUCAUAGCAUGACUGGGCAGAACGGAGACGAAUGUAUCCUUGUCAAGGCGGUCGCUCGCUCGCAAACCGGCCGCGUCUUCCGCUACCGCGCCGUCGUGGAAGCUGCGGGCGACCUGACCAGAACACAGGUGGUGGUAUACGAAUAUCCUGAUCGCAACAAUCAGCAGUUUGUGCAGGCAGUGAACCUUGCGAAGCAAACCCGCCGCCAUCCUAAUUUGCUGGCUAUGCUAGGAUACUCGCGUCCAGGAGAUCCAGACCAGGCUGCUUACAUUGUGAUGGAAGACUAUGUUCCUUUUGUGGAGCAUUUGAACUCAUUGCGUGGAACCAGGAAGUUACGAGUGCUCCUGCAAAUGGCACGUGGUCUCGAUGUCCCUGAUACUGCUACGAAGCUGACGAGAUCAAUAAAGGAGGCAGCGAUUUGUAUGGCCAUCAACCAUGUUGAAACUCAGGUGGAACUGCGUCGACUGUUGCCCGUGUAUUCAUAUUGGGAUGCAAGUGUACAACUUCGUGCUAUCAGAUCAGACGAGGUUGUAGUUGACCACCGCCAUGGAGGCCAUAUCAAAUGGGCUCAGCCUCGGGAUCCCCUCGCACUCGAGAUGACAGACAAUUGUCAGAAAAUAGAUCUCCCGGCUGCGCAAAAAGAUAGGAUGUGCAUGAUAGAAGAUCUUCGUGCCAUUGCAUGUGCACACGUGGACACUGUGGUGCAGCAUUGGUUCUCAUCCAUCCUGAGCCCCUCUGGAGAAUAUGUGUCAGACCUCCUCCCAGGUCGCUCAUGGUGGCAGAUUUGGGAGCAUAUUGCUGACUAUUCACAGUAUCCACUCGGAGUGUGGCUGGGACGCAACAGCUUUGACGAAGAUUGGACCUGUCUAUCUGCACAAGAUCCCGGGUUCGAGGUCGCUGUAACAAUGCGGGGUGUACCAAAGGUACUUCCCAGUCCCAGGCAAGGCCAUGAUUUUUUCCAGAGGUUGAGGAUCGAUGAACGGCUCGAUAUCCCGGAAUCGGACCUUGACGAGCGGUGCAUCGAAUUCGAGCUAGGCACGGGCGAGGGCCGAACAAGAUGGCAGAGAUACCAAUAUUCCUGCAUUCCCGUGAACACGACACUCCUGUUUCAGCAACCUGUAUGCGCGCUGGACGGACUUGAUGCUGCCUCGAGGAUGAUGCGUACACUACCAGAUCUAUCUGUCCUUCAAGGACAAUACGCGUGCAUCAGUAUAGUCCGGUACCGAGUAUAUUUCACUGAGACGACCAUCACGAAGAGCGUGCAUGCCACUGAGCAGGUAGUCCCACCGCUUUGGUUCUUCGUGUUGCAAUUCGACGGCAACAAAGGUUCCGCUCACGACUGCAAUAUUCCAACCGGAUUCUGGUCGUCGGAGAAGUAUCCCACCUCCGUGCCGGCGGGUAUCAUCUUCGAUUCGACACCGCAGUUUGAGGCCAUCAGUAAACAUGAGCAAGCUCCACUGUUCACUUUGACGCAAGUGCUUGGAGACUUCGCAUUCACCACACGCACAAAGAGGAUGACCGAGAUUAUAGCGCUCGGUGAAGAUGAGCUCUUUGUAUUCAGAGAGUUCCAAGAGAGCCAUUAUUCGACUACCGACACCAAUGCUAGCGACUCGGACGACUCCGGCGGAGAUGGUGUCGCCAUGGACGACAGCAUUUCUAAAGAAGGUAGCGCCGGAAUCUCCGACGCCGAAUCCCUCGCAUCAAGCUCCAGCAACGAAGAUCACGUCCUCGGGGUGAACUACAAGUCUCCGGAGUCGGACUAUGAGGACGCGACGGACGCGGGAGACGAUAGCACGGAAGAAUAUUACAGUGCAGAAGAGGACGAAGCCACAAGACUCGCAUGCGGCGAGUGUCCAUGUUGA